CUCUUAAAGGGCCCGCGCGCAGGAUGCUGCGGGGGCUGCGGCGCCUCCUGGGCCGCCCGCCCCGCCCCGCCGGGCUCGCGCUGCCCCGCACCGCCCGCAGCCGGGCCCGCGGGGAGGGCGGCGGGACGGGGCUGGCGCGGCCGCGGGGGGCCCGGCCGGCCGGGGCGGGCCUGGGCUGGCUGGCAGCGCUCUCCCUCUUCCCCAGGGACGCCGAGGAGGAGGAGGAGGAGGGCGAGGACGCCAUUAUCCUGCUGCUGAAGAAGGCCAAGCUCAGCGUCAUGAAGGGCGAGCUGCGGGAGGCCGAGCGGCUCCUGCACCGCGCGCUGCGGCUGUCGCACCGGUCGGACAACAGGAAAGCCAUCGUCUACACCUACAGCAUGAUGGCGAACGUGGCCUACAUGCAGGGGCAGCUGGACAACGCAGAAAAGCUCUACAAAGCAAGUAUGAGCUAUUUGCUUGCAGGGGACACGAAGGAGGAUGACAAUGCAAUCCUUGAGAUGUCCCUCAAGCUGGCCAGUAUCUAUGCUGCUCAGAAACAGCACAAGUUAGCCCUGGCUGGUUAUGAGUUCUGCAUCCUGACCUUGGAGGAGAAGAUUACCAAGGAAAAGGACUUGCCUGAGGAUGUCUUACCAGCUGAAGAAAAGGCCAACACCCGUCUCCUGCUUGGGAUGAGCCUGGACUCCUAUGCUCGUUAUCUCUUCAGCAUCAACCAGCUCCCAGUGGCCCAAAAAAUGUAUGAGAAGGCUCUGCAGAUAUCAAAUGAAGUUCGGGGGGAGAAUCAUCCACAGACUGUGGUCCUGAUGAAUGACUUGGCAACUGUCCUGGAUGCUCAGGGGCACUAUGAUGAGGCACACUCCUGUGUGAAGAGGGCAGCUGAGCUGGCAAAGGAGACUCAGCAUCCUGAGGAGCACAUGGUGCUGAAUAACCUGGCAGCAAUUCUGAUGCACAAAGAAGACUUUCUGCAAGCAAAACAAGUGUACAAAGAAGCUCUCAAGCAGGCACAGGAGAAGGGAGAUGCUGCUUCUGUCCAGCAUAUCCAGGAAGAACUAGCUGAGCUGGCCAAGAGGCAAAAGGGCUCCAAAUGAGUUUGGCCAGAGAGUCCAACCUUGAAGUGGCAGAUAGCAGCCAGGGCUGGUCAUUAAAGCAGCCUCAGACCUGUUUGGUGCAAUUCUCCAGGGAAACAGCAAUGAGGACUUUAAGGACUGCUUAAUAAGAAGGGCUGCAAUUGCCUAACAACUUAGGCCAAAAUAAAGUUGUGAAAUCUUAA